CAGCCGCGCUCAGUUUGCUGACACCGAGCGGAGGUCCGCACCGCAGCGGAUCCAGGACCGGAGCCGGGAGCGGAACCAGGAGCGGAUCGGUUGCCUCAAUCCAUCCUCCCGCUGCUGAGCGGCGCCGGCGCGGCGAUGCUUUGCAGCAGAAGCUUCACCUGCCCCGGUUUCCUCCUCCUGGCCAUUCAUGCCACUGCUUCCCUGCGAUCUGCCCAGCAUGUUGGAACCAAGCAGAGUGUCCAUGUGUCAGGUGAUGAGAGUGGGGCAAUAGUGGUCCAGACCGCCCCAGGGAAGGUCCUCACUCACCGAGGUGCAUCCAUCACCCUGCCCUGCAGAUACCACAGCGAGGCUGAGAAUCGGGAGCAGCAAAAGAUCCGCAUCAAGUGGACCAAGGAGUCUGACUCCCUGCAGAGCACUGAUGUCUUUGUGGCCUUGGGUAAGGUGCGGAAGGCAUUUGGGGUGUACAAAGGCCGGGUGCGGCUGCAGGAGGACGGAGAAGGAGAUGCGUCCCUGCACAUGCAGGACGUCACACUUCAGGAUUAUGGCCGAUACCAGUGCGAAGUCAUCGACAAACUGCACGACGACAAAGGAAUCGUCAGGUUGAAUUUAGAAGGUGUGGUCUUCCCCUACCAUCCGCGGCUGGGGCAGAAAAUGUUAAACUUUAACGAUGCCAAAGCCGUGUGUGCCAGGCAGGAUGCGAUGCUGGCCUCCUACGAGCAGCUGCACAGGGCGUGGGAACAAGGCUUGGAUUGGUGUGAGGCAGGCUGGCUGGCUGAUGGCUCUGUCCAGUACCCUAUCUCCAAUCCCCAGCUCAAGUGUGGCAGAUCCGACCACUCCGGCAUCAGGAACUAUGGCUACCAGCACAAAGAAGACCAGCGAUACAAUGCUUUCUGCUUCACUUCAAACCUGAAAGGGAAAGUCUAUUUCCUGAAGACAUUCAGGAAGCUGAACUAUGGUGAGGCAGUGAAGGCAUGUAAGAAGAAGGGUGCGACCAUCGCCAAGGUCGGCCAGCUGUAUGCGGCCUGGAAGCUGCAGUUACUGGACCACUGUCGGCCAGGGUGGUUAUCUGACGGGAGUGUCCGCUACCCCAUUGUCAACCCCCGGCCCAAGUGUGGUGGGAGCAAGCCCGGAGUCCGCAGCUUGGGUUUCCCAGACCGGAGGCACCGGUUGUACGGAGUCUACUGCUUCAGAAAGAAGGAAGAGGGAGAGGGACAGAGAGACAGAGAGAGAAGUGGGGCAGCAUUCUGAACAGGGCUUCAACAUUUUAAAGCAAACCUUUCCCUUCACACCCAGAGCUCAGCUCUCCCCGCAUGGAUCAGCCAGAGCAGCCUGAAUGUACAGAACCCAUUGUAGCCAGGUACCAGGAGAGCUUUGUUAACUGCUUGCUCAUGAGGACACACUUUCAAAGACAAUCUGAUCCUGCAGAAUUAAAUGUCACUGCCACGGAUGGGGCAGGGAAUAACUUGUGCUUCUUUAUGCUGAUGUUUGGCCUCGAAGUAUAGUCACUGUCAUGAAGUGGAGAUUUCAGCAGUCUCACUGUAUAUAGCAAGGUCCCACAAACAGCAACAUGAUCAUAACCAGGUCAUCAAUUACCUGGUCAAAUUGGUUGCAGAAUAAAUAUUGACCAGGUACCAGGGAUCUCAGCUUCACAGCUCCAGAACUUGUAUCCCUAAGAGAGGAGUUGCCUGAACUUGCUCUUGUACCUGAGAGAUCUUCAGUGAAACCUGAAACCUGCAGAUGUGGGUAUGAAGGCCCUUUGUUAGGGUUUCUUGGUACAGGGGCAGUCUCCCUCUCCUGUAUCCCCCUCUUCCUCUCCCCUUCUUCUGUCUCCCCCCUCCCUCUCUCCCUCUCCCGUCUCCUGGACAAGUUUUGGACUUCAAGCCACACUCCAAAAACAUGACCUUAAGGGCAGAAGUGAUGGAAUGCUGCAGUGUCACGGGUCCUGGAUUUCAGAUGUAAGGAAGUCACAGUGUGAUUUGGAAAAGGACUCAUGUGGUUUGGGACAGGGUUCAUGUUGAGAUUUAAGGGUGUAACAAUAUGAGUAAUGAAGAGGGUCACACUCUGGAUGGUCACACUCUGGAGGGUCACACUUUGGAGGGUCACACUCUGGUUUGGGAAGGGAGUCACAUAGUGAGUGAGUCAAAAAAUGUGUCAUCUUGAACGUUCUCUCAGGUUUAUCCAGUAGUGAUAGAUUACCUGAUGUUUAUCAUUUAGUGGAGUGUCCAGCUGCCGGAGUGUCCAGCUGCAGUUGUGGGUUGCCAUGCAGUCUAGGACAGUGAUUUAAAGAGCUAGAUGGUUUAUUGUUUCACCUGGAGGUUUGGCAGUGGUUUUGCCACCUAAUGCCGUGUCGGUUGAAACACCUGCACAAAUGUGUGUGGGUUUGGUUGGACGCUGAGCCAAGUGUGAAUUCAGAAAACAGAGGGAAUUUCUUGGAAGUUGUGAAAUCAAGUGGAUCACUUUUGGAGCAAUGUUCAUUGAGGCUGGAUUGUGUUCACUAAGAUGAGUGAAAGGUCACCACCGUGGAAAGAAAUGGCGGUUAGACAGUUCAGUGUCCAAUUCCUUGCCCAGUGCUCCAUUUUCAUUGCUUUUAUCUCAGAAGUGAAAUGCAGCACUUUGUGGGAAGCAGGUGGACAAUGGUUCGGGGGAAAUUACACAGACAUGGGGCUCCACAGAGGUGCAGCAGGGAACUCACUGGAUCAAAGGCAGUCUAGGACACGGGAUGGGUGGAAGUCUGGCUGGAGCAUGCAACAGGUGUCAAACCAAUGAGAAAGGGCAGUGAGGGAUGGCAGGAGCAACCAAGGUCACUGGAGGUGAAUAGUUGCCAAGUGUGAACACUGGUUCAGUGUAUUCAGGCUGACCUGCCCUCCCGUCCCCACCCCUCCCCCCCACCACCCAGACUCACUUAUCUGGUUAUUAUUUAUUGGUCUUUGUGGGAGCUUGCUAUGCAAUUACUGCCUGUCAGUUUUCUUCCUGUAAUAACAGGACCAGACUUGAGAAACAUUUCAUUGGCUUCAGGUGAGGUGCAUCUGCUGUGAGACCCUGCCUAGUAGUGGAACUACCACAGUGCUUGGGAAUGCAAUCGUUUACAAUCCAGAAACUUAAGGACUUCCCACUGGGAAUGCAUGCUGUAAAUGGACA